AUGGAGAAUGGUAUGGAUUUAUUACAUGCAGCUGAAUGUGGUCUUUUAUCUGUAGUUAAAAAAUUAUUAUCCGAUAAUAAGUCAAUAAUUCGUUCUUGUCGACAUCAAAGUCGGAGAAACCAUGCUUUUAACUUUGACUCUUCAGCUAUUCAUUAUGCUUCUCGAUCAGGUCAUAUCAAUAUUGUUAAAUAUUUAUUAGAACAAGAUUCAACAAUUAUCAACGAUCAUGAUCGUGAAAAUUGGACAGCAUUACAUUAUGCUUGUUAUAAUGGACAUAUAAAUAUCGUAAAACUAUUAUUAACUCAUAAUGUCAAUGUUAAUAUGAAAGAUAAAUAUUUGUCUCAAACACCUAUACAGUUUGCUAUGUAUAGACAACUUCAUGAUAUUGUUUAUCUGUUAGAUCCUCAUAUAAAAUGGACACGUGACAAUGUUGAUGAUAAAUCAAAAGCUCGAAAUAUACCUGUAUUUCGAAAAAAAUCAAAUUUAUUUCUUGGUAGAUAUAUUUUAAAUGAUAAUCAUAUUAAACAAAUCGAAUUAUUUCGAAAUAAUUUACAAUCAAAUGAUAUUGAAUUAAGAAAAGUUCAAGAUGUUGAAUUAUCAAAUCUUCUUGUUCGAAUAAUACUUACACAUGAUUUUAAGAAACAUAUUAAUAAAACCAUAGAAUUAUCAUCAGAAGAAGACGAUGAUCCAUUUUUAAGAUCAUCAUCAACAUCAGCUCAUGAACAUAUUAUGGUUUUUAACCCUUUCGGGACCGGUGACGCUUUAAAGCGUCAUUGA